UACAUUGCAGUGCAAGACGCAAUCAACUGUUUUAAUAACUAUCACCUACGGUUACAUUACCUACAUUUACAGUGACUAGUGUUUGAACAACUUUAAGUGCAAUCGGCGGAACUGAAGUUUUGGUCAAUAUUUACAGAUCAAACAUGUCUGAGGUAGACGUCCAGUCAGAAUUGGAUCUCGGUGAACCUCCGCAAGAAUUGCUGGAUUGGGCGCUAGAGAAUCUCAAUGAAGAUCCAGAGACUAGGGAACAAGUUCUGCAAGAUUUUAGGGAUAUGAUUUUCGAAAGAGGUGAAUGUAUUCCUCAUAGGACGGACGACGCAUUUUUGUUACGAUUUCUUAGAGCGAGACAUUUUGUUAUAGGCAGAGCACAUAGACUGUUUGUUAAUUACUAUGACUUUAAAGAAAACAACCCAGAAUUCUUCAAAGAUGUUAGUUUAAAGCAUAUGCUUAAAAUGGGAGACGAUAACAUCAUCACAGUUCCCCCAUACAGAGAACAAAAUGGUAGACGGAUUUUACUAUAUAGGUGGGGUAAUUGGGAUCCAGCCAAAUUUUCGGUAGAUGAAGUUUUUCAAGCCACUAUGUUAGUAUUAGAACUGGCGAUACUUGAACAAAGAGCUCAAAUUCUAGGUGGAAUCGGCAUGUGGGACCUCGGUGGUCUCUCCUUAAAACAAGCAUGGCAAAUGACGCCAUCUAUAGCCAGUAAAGUUGUACAAAUCAUGGUGACUUCUUUUCCAAUGAAGAUAGAAGCUCUGCACAUCGUCAAUCAAUCCUGGGUAUUCGAUAUGUGCUACAAUAUUUUUAAACCGUUUUUAGAUGACAAGAUGAAGGAGAGGAUAUAUUUCCACGGCGAAGACAUGGAAAGCCUACACCGACAUAUAGAUCCAAAGCAUUUACCGGAAAGAUAUGGAGGAAUUCAUCCCGACUACAACUAUAACGACUGGAUAGAAGGCUUCCUUAAAAACGAUCAAAUACUGAAGGAGAUGACUUCUUUGGGAUAUAAAAUUAAUGAUGAAGAUGAAAGUGACAGCGACGCUGAAAGUAAAGACAAGCUAGAAAAUGAUGAGCAGUGAUAAUAAAUCGAUUAGAAACAAUGAUGUGACAUCUAAUGGUUUUAAAAACACUGCCCACAGUUACUCGAGCCUUUGGUAACUAAAAUCGUCUUGCACAAUGGUCCAGUUAGUGGUAUUAGGAUAGAAGCUUUACUGAUCAGUUAUUUAUUGCAGUUUAAGUUACACAUUAUUUGUAUUAGGUAAUAAAUUUAUAGCUGCGACUAGCGUUUGUUUGCUUUUUUAUAAAGUAAUGAUGUUGUUUAAAAAUAAAGUAUUUUAAUA